UCUAUGGAUACGAUACUCCAUGGCAUCGGCGCUUUGAACAGGCUUCGCUGAACCAACAAACAAGGAAUCACCUGUGCUCUGAGGCUGGCAAAGUAAAGAUGGGCGAUAGUCAUUCUUACUGUCUCACCACGACCUCACUAGCCAUUGGUAAGAGUCAAGACAUAAGACAUGCACGUCGCUCAGCUGCUGCAGUGGACCUUUGUCGUGAGCACGAGAACUGGAGCCUCUCGAGACUGGACACGACAAAAGGGCAGCGAUAGUAGCGGGCAAACGCACGCGCAUUCUGUGCUCCAGUCGUUUGUUUGUGAGCCGUCAGCAAACGCCAAACUGUCGCGAACCUGGUCGAUGACCUGCUUAGGCGUCUCUGUGUUCAGCUGGUGUUCGACUGGUCUGCAAAGCCAACCAGACAGUGCAAUUGGAGAUGAAUGAAAGUGUAGCGUGGUCUUGAACUACGGAUAGAAGUAGGGAAGUAAUUAAUAUAUCCCAUUACAGUGAA